GUUCGUCAUCCCGUCAUCAGGCCGCCGGAUCACAUGUGUGUUUGGCUGUGAAAGCUUACUAGCGAAAAAGGAAAAAAAAAAAAAAAAGAAAGAAAGACUUUCAGCUAUAAUACUUUUAUAACGUUACAGUUAUAAUAACAAAAUGCCCAAGAAAGUGAAAGAAGAAGCAGAGUGGGUGGACGAUGAAGCAGCACCGGCAGCUGAAAAAACUGUGAAAAAGGGGAAGAAAGAUAAAAAGGGGAAAAAGAGCUUCUUCGAGGAACUCGCCACAGAUGCCAAACCUGAAAAAGUGGAUGAGGUGGCUGUGAAAGGCAUGCGUGACAAACAGCCUCAGAAAAAGAAGAAAGAUCGGCGGAAAGGAAAAGAUGAAGCUCCAGAUGAUGAGGAAGAUGAUGUCACGUUGACGCUGACAAAACUCUCAGUGCAAGGAAGUGAUGAGGAAGAUGAGCCAGUCAGUGUCCCCAGUAAAGGAAACAAGAAAAAGGGUGGGAACAUCUUUGCUGCUCUUAGCCAAGGCCAGAAUGAUGAGGAUGAGGACAGUGAUUUGGAUGAAGAUGAUACACCUGCAAAAAAGGAGAUUGAGAAGGGAAAGAAAAAAAAUCAGUCAAAGAAGAUGAAGGCAGGGUCUGAGGAGGAGAAGGAUGCAGAUAUGGAUGAUGGUGAAGAGAAACCUACAAAGAAGAAGGCCGAAGCUAAGUCCAGGAAAGGAAAAGCUGCAGAGAGACCGCACAAUGCGGAUGAAGAUGAAGAAGAGGAGGAUAGCGACAGAGGUGACACCAUGAUGAGUGCUGAGGAUGUCAUUGCAGAGCAGGCCAAGGAGAAGGAGGAUGACCUUUAUGCUAACCUCAGCAAAAAGGAGAAGAAGAAGAAGAAAAAACAGAUGGAGUAUGAGCGUCAGGUGGCCAGUGUCCGUGCUCAGAAUGCACUGGAGGGCGAUUUCUCCAUUUCCCAGGCUGAGAUGUCCUCCAGACAGGCCAUGCUGGAGAAUGCCUCUGAUAUCAAGCUGGAGAGGUUCAGCAUAUCUGCUCACGGGAAGGAGCUUUUCGUCAAUGCUGACCUUCUGAUUGUGGCAGGAAGAAGAUAUGGUUUGGUUGGACCAAAUGGAAAAGGAAAGACCACUUUACUGAAACACAUAGCUAAUAGAGCUCUCAGUAUUCCUCCUAACAUUGAUGUGCUGCUGUGUGAACAGGAGGUGGUAGCUGAUGACACGCCAGCGGUUCAGGCGGUGCUGAAGGCGGACACCCGCCGCCUCAAGCUUCUCGAGGAGGAGAAACAGCUCCAGGCUCGCCUGGAGAAGGGAGAGGAUAGUGUGACUGAGAGGCUGGAUAAGGUUUAUGAGGAGUUGAGGGCAAUAGGAGCUGCAGCAGCUGAGGCCAAGGCCAGAAGGAUCCUGGCUGGUCUGUCAUUCACUCCUGAGAUGCAGAACAGACCCACCAAGAGGUUCUCUGGAGGUUGGAGAAUGAGAGUUUCCCUGGCCAGAGCCCUGUUCAUGGAGCCCACUUUACUGAUGCUGGAUGAACCCACCAACCACCUUGAUCUGAACGCUGUCAUCUGGCUUAACAACUACCUUCAAGGCUGGAAGAAGACUCUCCUCAUAGUUUCCCAUGACCAGAGUUUCCUCGAUGAUGUGUGUACAGAUAUCAUCCACUUAGACAACCAGAAACUCUACUAUUACAGAGGGAACUAUUUGACCUUCAAGAAGAUGUACGUGCAGAAGCAGAAAGAACUGCAGAAACAGUACGAUAAACAGGAGAAGAAACUCAAAGAGCUGAAGGCCGGUGGCAAGUCUACCAAACAGGCUGAGAAACAGACUAAGGACGCCCUGACCAGGAAGCAGCUUAAAGGCAAGAAGAAGGGAGGUCAGGAGGAGGAGAGCCAGGAGGCCACAGAGCUGCUGAAGAGGCCCAAAGAGUACACCGUAAAAUUCACCUUCCCCAACCCACCUCCUCUCUCACCACCCAUACUGGGACUACAUAGUGUAGACUUUGGCUAUGAGAGUCAGAAGCUGCUGUUCAAAAAUGUGGACUUUGGCAUUGACAUGGACUCGAGGAUUUGCAUAGUUGGACCCAAUGGUGUCGGGAAGAGUACCCUGCUGCUGCUGCUUACUGGCAAAAUAAAUCCUACUAAAGGUGAGAUGAGGAAGAAUCAUCGCCUGAAAGUGGGCUUCUUUAACCAGCAGUAUGCGGAUCAGCUGAACAUGGAGGAAACAGCCACAGAAUAUUUAAUGAGGAACUUCAAUCUUCCAUACCAGGAUGGCAGGAAGUGCCUAGGACGUUUUGGCCUCGAGAGCCACGCCCACACCAUUCAGAUCUCCAAAUUGUCUGGUGGUCAGAAAGCCAGAGUAGUGUUUGCUGAACUGGCCUGUCGUCAGCCUGAUGUACUGAUUUUGGAUGAACCUACCAACAAUCUGGACAUUGAGUCAAUCGAUGCUUUAUCAGAGGCCAUCAAUGAAUACAAAGGAGCUGUGAUCAUUGUGAGUCACGAUGCGCGGCUCAUCACAGAGACCCAGUGCCAGCUCUGGGUGGUGGAGGACUGUAGCAUCAACCAGAUUGACGGAGACUUUGACGACUACAAGCGGGAGGUGCUGGAGGCCUUGGGAGAGACCAUGGUCAGCAAAGUCAACCCAUGAGCUGCUGCCAAACACUCCCUGUGGACUGGCUGGUAGAGCAUGUGUAAUAUAGGUUUUUCAGAGGUAUAUUACCUUCCUCUGGACUGCACCAUCUUUAUGGGGUUGAAGUUGGACAGAUACUGGAAUAUAAAUCUACCACCGCUUUAUAAAUAUGGAGGUGAUGAAAUGUCUUGAAUUAUGCUAAAGUAAAACAAAUGAUUAAAUUUUU